AUGGGAUCUUUUGUGGGUGGUUGUGAAAUUGUUGAGGAGAAAGAUGUGGUUAGGUUAGGCAAACAUUCUGGCAGAUAUUGUAAUAAGCCAGCUUUGGGAUCAAGCAGAGAUAUGGAGUGUCCUGCACUGAAUCCAGGAGGGUGUCAAGGUUCUAUGGAGUAUGACAUUGAUCAGCUUUUCCAGUCUAUAACCAUAAAACCAUCAUCAACCAGAGGAGUGAUGGGAUCUUCUUUCCAUCAUCCCAGCAGGAGCUCAAGCCCUUGCGCUAUGAAAAACCAUUUUCACAUGGGAACUCCUCGGUCACCAAGAGUUGGUCACUCUGAUUCGAUAUCGCUGAAGCAGGCUUUAAGAGAUCUUUGUAUCUCAAAAGCAUCAGAAAUGGCUGCACAGAAACGGUUGUCGAAAUCUGCAGCUGCAUCUCCGAGGGUCUCCGAAUCAGACAGGAUAAAGAGUCUUUACAGACAGGUUUUGAAUGAAUCUGCUGGCAGGUCUGGUCUUCCUGUGGACAAGGGCAAAAGCUUGGUUGAGAUAUCGUUGACGCCGGUAGACGAUAUACCCAGUUCUUCCCAGAGCGUGCCUCAGCUGUUUGAUGUUCUUGAGACAGAGCCUUCUAGCUCCAUUUGUGAACCAUCUCAGGAUGAAAUCCUUCUCCGCGUAAAUGGAGACGGAUUUGGAUUGAAGACUGUCUCCCUGAGUGUAUCCAACACAUCUGGAUCUUGUCUCAGUUCUGGCAAUGGAGAUUAUAAGAUAGGGAUAGAUGAAAAUGCUACAUCUCCUCCUCAUGUGGUCACUGAAGAUGGUUUGGUAGAAAUAGACAAACAUGUUACCUCGCUGCCUCCGUUUUCUGGCAGGAAAGUCAAUGCUGAAGAGCUAGGCAAGAGCAUCGUCUCAUCAGCUAGAGUGAAAAGUGAGCCAACAGCUCUGGACGUAGGGCUAAAAGGAGAGUUGGAUAGUGCAUCAUCUAGUUCAGGAACAGAGAACAGACAAUUGGUAAGCAAGGUAACAAGAAAUAUCCCACGUCCCAAACCUCGGCCGAAAAAGAAGAUUUUGCUCAAAAAGAAGCUGAAAAUUGCUGUAGCUUCUGCUACAAAAAUGGUCGAGGAAGUUGAUAUUUCCUUAGAGCCCAGUGCAAGUCAACUUCUGUGCCAGAGUUGCCACUGUGCGUUGAAGAGCAUCAGCACUGAGAACCACCCGCCUACAAAUACAGAGAAAUGUUCAAGCGGUUUGAGCUCUUUCUCAAAAACUGUCAGUAUAGAAGCAAAUCAGGAAUCACUUGCAAGUCCACGUCUCAUUCGCAUUGUGAAGUGUGAUAAAGAGGCAAACAAGGAUUCCUCGGAUUCUUGUGAGGUUAGUGUUAGCAGAGAAGCUGACAUUGUCAUGAAACAAGAUGUCUCUCCAAGUAAUUACAGUGGAAAUGGUGAUGCGGAUGAGAAGAAAAAAGAAAAUCCAUCUUCUAGCGAAAAGUUUGAUUUCUCCUUGAGCUCAAAGGAUAGCAUAGGGGAUUACAGUAGCAGUACAAGCAUGAGUGAGGAGAGUAAUCUGAGCAGGUUUAGCUGUGCCAAUAAACCUCACAUGUCUAUGGAUGUGAGAUGGGAAGCAAUUAAACAUGUCAAGUUGCAGUAUGGCUCUUUAGGACUCCGACAUUUCAACCUUUUGAAAAAGCUUGGUUGUGGAGAUAUAGGAACAGUUUAUCUUGCUGAGCUGGUUGGUACGAACUGCCUGUUUGCCAUAAAGGUCAUGGACAACGACUUCUUAGCCCGAAGGAAAAAGACCCCGAGGGCACAGGCAGAGCGGGCAAUCCUUAAAAUGUUGGAUCAUCCUUUUCUGCCUACCUUGUAUGCUCAGUUUACUUCAGAUAAUUUAUCGUGUCUGGUAAUGGAGUAUUGUCCCGGUGGAGAUCUUCAUGUCCUGAGGCAGAAACAGCUCAGCAGGUGUUUCUCCGAACCUGCAGCUAGGUUCUAUGUAGCAGAAAUCCUCCUUGCUCUGGAGUACUUACACAUGCUUGGUGUUAUAUACCGAGAUUUGAAACCAGAGAACAUUCUAGUCCGAGAAGAUGGUCACAUCAUGCUAACAGAUUUCGACCUCUCACUCAGAUGUGAGGUGAACCCAACUCUUCUCAGAUCAACUUCUCCGCCCGGGCAAGAUCCCGCAAGAAUGUCAGGUCCAUACAACACUUCCAAUUGCAUAGAACCUCUAUGCAUCGAACCAUCUUGUCGAGUCCCAUGUUUCAGCCCUAGGCUCCCAUCAAUCCAAGCUAGAAACUCAAAACCAAGAAAACCGAAAAGGCCUGAUCUUUUAACCCAACAGUUCAGAUCAUUGCCUCAGCUUGUAGCUGAACCAACAGAAGCAAGAUCAAAUUCUUUUGUAGGAACACACGAGUACUUGGCACCAGAGAUCAUUAAAGGAGAAGGACAUGGUGCUGCAGUAGACUGGUGGACAUUCGGUGUGCUUCUCUAUGAGCUUAUAUACGGGAAAACACCUUUCAAAGGUUACGACAACGAGGAGACAUUGUCCAAUGUUAUGUUUCAGAACCUCAAGUUUCCUGAUAGCCCGCUUGUGAGCUUCCAGGCAAAGGAUUUGAUCAGAAGGUUGCUGGUGAAGGACCCUGAGAGCCGUCUCGGAUCAGAGAAAGGAGCUGCAGAGAUCAAGAGACAUCAUUUCUUUGAAGGAUUGAAUUGGGCUCUCAUCCGAUGCGCUGUACCGCCUGAGCUGCCGGAUAUUUAUGAAAAUGGUGCAACGGAAGUGACUUCUCCUGAGGGAAAUAAUAGGUUUCUUGAAUGUAAAGCAAUCGGAGAUCAUCUCGAGUUCGAGUUGUUUUAG